GCACCCCGGCCUUAGUACUAGUGUGAAACAGUAGGAAGGUGUACGUGACUUGCGUGCUCGUGUCGCGCCGAACUCUAGACAGAGGAAACUAUCAUGGCUCGUCGUGCUGUCCCCAGAUUCGAGGCCGUGAAGCUCACGCGGUACAAGCACGCCUGCCACGCGAUGUUUCACGCUCCCAACGAGGACAAGUUGUUCGGGAGAAUUCCGAUGCGACACACUGUUUUGAUGCAGAUGCGGUUCGAUGGGCGGUUUGGGUUUCCGGGUGGAUUUGUGAACCUGGAGGAAGGUUUGGAGGCUGGACUGAACAGAGAACUGGAGGAAGAAAUCGGUCUGGAUGUCAGGAUUUUAGGGAUUACUGAGGGAGACUGGGCAGUGACUGAAGUACACGACGAACAAAAUUUUGUCAGUCAUUUUUACAUCAAGAAGGUAACGCCGGAGCAGAUCAGACAAAUCGAGACAGCGGCAACUACGGCAAAGGACCAUGGUUUGGAGUCUCUGGGACUGGUUAGAGUUCCAGUCUACACUUUGCCGAGAGACAAGGUGGGGGGGCUGCCUGCCUUCCUAUCCAACACCUUCAUAGGGACAGCCAGGGAGGAGCUGCUGAUGGGACUAGAACAGGAGGGAAUCCUCUCUCAUGCUGAAAUACAGAAGGCCCUCAAGGCCAGUACCACCAGACGACAUUAGUUGUUAAAGCAAUAUCAUGUAACAUUUUUGCGC